AUGUCUUCUGCAAAGCUGAUGUUUCUGCUAGUGCUUUGGUUGUUGGUCUCUAGAACCUACUGUGCACGGAAAGAUGGAGUUUAUGGUGAUGGAGUCUCUACACCAAGUGAUUGUCAGAACUGUUCUAUUUGCCCAUAUCCAUGCCAUCCUCAAUCUCCACCACCACCACCAGGGUACCCAUCAUCUGGAGCUCCUCCACCGCCUGCUGCUACAGGCAAUUGCCCACCAACAUCUGCUGGGUGCUGCCAAUAUCCUCAGCCCUCUCCUCCCUCACCUUACACUUAUGUGCCUUACAACAACUACUCGGCUUCACCGCCUAUGCCUUUGUCUUCAAAAUCCCCAGUCUCUAUCUUAUUUACUAUUGUCAUUUUGUUUGGUUUUGUUUCCCUUCACCUGGUUUGA